CCGAAACAUCGCUUCUACGUACCAUGGGAUUCUUAAAGAAGUUCAAAACUGAAAUGAAGUCGACCUUUGGUGACGACCGGCCCUCGUAUCCUUCACAGCAACAGCAGCAAUCCCAGAUGCCCAUGACGGAUCAGCCGGCCAGCAUCCAGGAGCCUUCUCCCUUGGACGUUCUCCGCUAUCGUUAUCAACACGGCACCAACUUUGGCUCCAUUUUUGUGCUUGAGAAAUGGCUCACUCCUAGCAUGUAUCAAGACAACGCCGACUCAGCUGAGCUUGCGGCUGUGACUGGCAACAUCAAAGCGAUGGGUCUCGAUGCAGCCAAGCAAAAGUUUGAAAAACAUUGGGAGACUUAUAUCAGUGAUUCCGAUCUGGACUGGCUUGCUAACCAGGCUCAUUCUUAUUGCGCAAACACGCCUUUCGAACCUUCUUCCGCAGUGUAUGAGAAUGCAUGGCCAGCUGUAAAGCGCCUUGUCAGCCGUCUGACUGCUAGAGGCAUUGGCACUCUUCUUGACUUGCAUGCGUUGCCUGGUGGUGCGAACGGAGGUGAUCAUUCGGGUACCAACAGCGGCAAAGCCGAACUUUGGAAGUCGAAGAAGAAUCUGGACCUUGCUACACGUUGUCUACUAUUUAUUGCUCAUGAAGCUAGAUCAAUGGACGGUGUUGUUGGUCUACAGCUGAUCAAUGAGGCCGAGUGGGAUGCUCCCGGUAUGUAUGGCUGGUACGACUCGGUCAUUGGUCAGAUCGGUGGCAUUGACAACACUGUUCCUCUCUACAUUUCGGACGCAUGGAACCUAGGUCCUGCAAUUGGCUACGUCAAUGGCAAGAAUAGUCUGCAUGCUGGUCGGGCUAAUCCAAUCGUCAUCGACACUCAUCUGUACUGGGCGUUCUCGAAUGACGACAAGAAGAAGCAUCCUGGUGAGAUCACAAAUGAAGCCAGGUCAAAGCUCGGUGAGCUAGAUGGUCAUGAAGGCAACGUCGUGGACAAUGGUGCCGCGCAGGUGGUCAUUGGUGAAUACAGCUGUGUUUUGACCGAAGACUCUUGGAACAAGGCUGGCGCUCACGAGAAGGAGAACCUGGUACGCGAGUUUGGGCAAGCACAGACGCAGAGAUACCAGCAAAGGACGGGUGGAAGCUUCUUCUGGACAUACCGCAUGGUUCGUAACAUUCUUCCUCCUCUCGCAAAGAUCAAUACUAACUGUGUAUCANNGGACUGGAUGGAUGGCGGAGAGUGGGGCUUCAAGCAGCAAACCAACAACGGCGCCAUCACAGCUCCUAACAAUCUCGCCCUCUCAAAUGACGAUGUUCAAUCUCGUAUUGGACAUGCACAGUCUCAAGCAGAUGCAAAGUUCGGACAGACUUUUGGUAAUCAUUGCAAUUACUGGGAUUCCAAUCACCCUGGCGAAUAUGAGCACUGGCGAUUUGAGAGCGGCUGGAAGCUCGGUUUCAACGAUGCAGUGACUUUCUUCGGCGCAAGAGUCAACGGUCGUCUUCCUGGCACUGGAGGUGACAAGAUUGGUAUGCUGGACAUCUGGACCAAGAAGAGAAUCGUCGAGAGUGGUCAGGCAGGCAAGUUGUUGUGGGAGUUUGAGCAAGGAUUCAGACAAGGAAUCCGCGACUUUUAUGAACUUGCCGGAAUU